AAGCAGUUCAAAGUAAACCAAGUUUUCGGUUCAGUUGCUCUUAAACAGGGACAAGGACUAAAACAUGAUGGCUUUUACAAACAACCCAUGCCAAAACCUCUGCACCCUUGGCCGUUUCCCAGACUUCAAACUGCAGGCGGAUGACAGCUUGAAAGAAACCAUCCUCCGGGUGAGUAAAGUCGAUCUUCUCAAGUGCAGGACCGGACAGAAUCGUCUGGAGCAUCACACGCAAUGCUUCUCAGAUGAUCACCUCAUCGUCCGCAGAGGACAGUACUUCAACAUGUGGGUUGAUCUGUGCCGUCCUUUCAAUCCCAGCUGUGACAAACUCCACCUGGAGCUGAAACUAGGUCAUAUCGCAUCCAUCCGAGACGGCACUUAUGUCGUCGUUCCAAUAGUGCAAGAGUUCAAGAAAGACUGCUGGGGGGCAAAGAUUGUUGAACAAGGCCAAAACCGAAUCAAACUGUGUGUGCAGUCUGUCCCGACUGCUUGCGUUGGCCGAUACCAACUCAGCGUCGUGACUCACUGUACGGGAGGAAGAUUUGUUUUACCAUGUGUUCCUGAAAAUGACAUUUUCAUGCUGUUCAACCCCUGGUGUAAAGAUGACUCUGUGUACCUGCAAGAAGAGGCGGAGAGAGUCGAGUAUGUGCUGAACGACAUGGGCCGAAUCUACUAUGGUACUAAACAGCAGAUUGGCUGCAGGACAUGGAACUUUGGUCAAUUUGAGGAGGGAGUCUUGGCUGCUUGUAUGUAUGUGCUGGAGAAGAGUUGUACCCCUUGCACAGGAUGGGGAAGUCCCAUCAACAUUUCCAGAGGGUUGUCUGACAUGGUUAUUGCCAACAAAGACUGUGGCGUGUUGGUGGGUAACUGGUCCAACUGCUAUGGAGACGGAAUUGCUCCAACAUCCUGGUGCAGCAGCAGUGCCAUCCUGAAACAGUUCCACAAAUGUGGAGGAGUACCUGUCAAAUAUGGACAGAGCUUGGCCUUCGCUGGAGUCACCAACACACUGUUGAGAUGUUUGGGCAUCCCCGUCCGUCCGGUCACAAACUUCGGUUCUGCUCAUGACACUGACGUUUGUUUGACAAGGGACGUCUAUUUUGAUGAGAAAUUUCAGCUGCUUGAUGACAUGAACCGUGAUUCAAUCUGGAACUACCACGUGUGGAAUGAGGCCUGGAUGGCUCGUCCCGACCUGCCAUCUGGUUUUGGAGGUUGGCAGGUGGUUGAUGCCACUCCUCAGAUGACCAGCCAGGGCUUCUUCCGCUGCGGCCCAACAUCUGUUGCUGCGAUCCGCAGUGGACAGACCUUCCUGAAGCAUGACGUGCCCUUCCUUUUCGCAGAAGUGAACAGUGAUAAAGUUUACUGGAAGAGGAAAAGUAAUGGAACAUUUGGUGUCGUCCACGUUGAGAAGGAUGUAGUCGGUCACUGCAUCAGCACCAAGGCCGUCGGCUCAGAUCAGCGUGUGGAUAUCACAAACCUCUACAAACACCCACUAGGUUCUUCUGAGAGUUGUGCUGCUUUGGAGACAGCCGUUCGUCACGGCUCCAGGAGAUGCACGUACCCACUGCCCUGCCCUGAGGAUGUCGUCUGUGAAGUCAGCCUGAAGGAUGAAGCAGUGUGUGUGGGAAGAGACGCCGUGCUUUCCAUCAAUCUAAAGAACAAAUGCAGCUCACCUCGUAGCGUCACCCUCCACAGCCAUGCGGCAGCCAUGUACUACACCGGAGUCAGGAAGACCUUCCUGAAGAGAGACCAGACCUGCAUCGAGCUCAAGCCCUCUGAAUGCAAACCUAUGGAAUGGACCCUGAGUUAUGACGAGUAUAAGGAGCACCUGGUGGAUCACGCCCCACUGAUGCUCAACCUCUUUGGACACGUCGCUCAGACUAAGCAGAUUCUGGCCACCCAGUACAGCUUCAGACUGCGCACUCCAGAUCUGGUCCUCGCUCCUGUAUGUGAUGCUGUCCUGGGUCAAGAAGUGGCGGUCAAAAUCACCUUCCAGAAUCCUCUGCCUUGUGUCCUGAAGAACACUGUAUUCCGCUUUGUGGGACUCGGACUGAAGCACCCCAGAGUGGUUAACUAUGGUGACAUAUCAGGACAUGCCACUGUGUGCCUGACGGAGAAGUUUGUUCCCAAAUGUCACGGACACCACAAACUUCUGGCCUCAUUCGACUGUCCUCAGCUCACUCAGGUCCAUGGAUUCACCAACCUUGUGGUCAAACAGCACUGUUAAACCAAUCGAAUCACCGAAAGGGAGGAAAUUUUGAUUGGAAAAGAAUUAAAUGCUUCAAUAAAAUUUUCCAAUGUGUGUUUGGACGCACUGUUUCACUUCAUCUAACUAAAGACAAAUGUUACUGAUUGAUUGUGGCCUUGGAACUUGUUUUCGAAAUAUUGUGAUUUACAUCCUGUUGAUUAAUAAUAACUUCCCUUCUUUAAGUAAUGUAUUGGGAUAUGGGAUUAGUAAUUCCUUCUAAUGCAGAUUAUGAUUAUGUCUAAUUGAAAUGAAUGAAAUAAGAAAAAAGCUAUUUUCUCAUGCUAGGCUAACUAAUGUCAAUGAAAACCAAUGAAACUUGUGGCUUAUUUUCUCUGAAUCACUUUAUUGUUGAUCCUGUUAAUCGCAGCAUUAAUAAAACAUUUUA